AUGGACCCGCCCGUCCAGCGCGGUCAGCCAGACCACCCACCAUCAACCAUGGCGCCCAGCACCGGACAGAAGGGCUCUCAGCUCAACCAACUCAAGCAGUCACUCAAGAAAUACGGCCUAUCAAGAUCUAACUCGGCUGGAUCAUUCAAAUCUAACAACAAGAAUAAGAGCUCGAUUUCAAGCAAACUCAAGGACCCCGAAUUCAGGCAGAAAAAACUCGCAGAAAUUCACACCAGCCAAAACGUUUUUGAUCUCAAGACUUCCAAAGUUAAAUUCCCCACGGCCAACCAACUUCAGCGACAGGCAACAAAUGCAUCAAAGUUUAAUCAGAAGGGCAAGGUGACCAAGACGGUUGGAAAGCCUAGUCAAUCAGCUACACAAGCUCAUCAGAGACGAGAAGAGAAACUGCUACCCGAAUUUCUCAAUCGACACAAAUCGUCUCAAUUCUUGGACAAGCGGUUCGGAGAAGGUGAUUCGACACUGACCCCAGAAGAAAAGGCGCUCGAAAGAUUCACCAAGGAGAGGCAAGAUCGAGUAUCACGUUCCAGGAAACGUAACGUAUUUAAUCUAGACGAUGGAGGCGAAGGCUUGUAUGACGAGGCCGAUCUGGGUGACAAUACUCCUCUGACCCAUGGCGGUCAAACUUUGGACCUCGAGGACGACGAGGACGACGAUGAUGCCAACGCUGCUGACCAGCCAGAGUCGAUUUUUACCAAACGCCAACAUACCCAUCAGGCCACUCGGUCUGACUCAGGCUUGGAUGAGGAACACUCUCCGAAGAAGAAGACUAAGGCAGAAGUGAUGUCCGAAAUCAUCACCAAAUCCAAGACACACAAGUAUCAGCGUCAAAUGAUGAAAGAGAAGGAUGAUGAACUACGCGAUAACCUUAAUCAUGAUCUCAACGAAAUCCGCUCGCUCCUCCUCUCCUCUCAACCUCCUGCUCCUUCUAACCGCAGGAAAAUACCACUCGGCAUAUCUGCGCAAGCUACGGAAACGAACCAAGAUCCGGAAACCGGUCCAACCGAUCAAGCAGAUCCCCGUGUACUUGCCUCAAGGACGGAAGCCAGCAGCACAAUCAAAGACCCCGCUGGAUCCGGAGUCGACCGGGCUCUUCUUGAAACCCUGAUCGGCUCUUCCAGUCGAGCAUCUUCACCAGAUUCACGAAAUGAGGAAGAGGAUGCCUACGACCGAUUCGUCCGUGAAUUGGCUUUUGACGCCAGGGCGGUGCCCUCGGAUCGGCUGAAGACUGGAGAGGAGGCUGCACUCGAGGAAGCCGAACGAUUGCGACAACUAGAGAUACAACGUCUCAAACGAAUGAGAGGCGAAGACGACGACGAAGAUGAAGAGGAAGAGGGUACCGGAAAGAAGCAAAAGAACCGGAAAAGAAAACCAGAAGGAGACGACCUGGAGGAUGACUUCUUCCCUCUUGAGGAGACCAACGGUACUCGGUGGGAUUUGGGCGAUGGUCUGAGACCCGACGGGGCAUUUGGAGCUGGGGCCGCUGCCGAAGAAGAAACCGAAGAAGAGGAGACUGACGACUCGGCCGGUUCUGAUUCAAGCAGUGACGAAGAUAAUGAGGCAGACGACAAUCCCGAGCUUGCUUUGGAAAAUAUCCAGUCCUUGGUAUCCACCGAAAGCUGCUCCAAGAGCUUGAAAAAAUCUGGUUCUUCCAAGGCCGAGCUGGCUUACAUCUACCCAUGUCCUAGCUCUCAUGCCGAUUUUCUAUCCAGCCUGUCUUCAGCCUCCGUCGACUCUUCAAACCUGCCAACAGUGGUCGAACGUAUCCGGGUCCUACACCAUCCUUCACUAGGAGAAGGCAACAAAGAGAAGCUGGCCACGUUCACCGACGUCCUGAUCGACCACCUGAUUUACAUCUCCUCUCAGCCUCCUCCACCUGGAACGUCGCUUUCCGAUGUAACUAGUGGCCUUUUGCCGCACAUCAUCAGUCUUUGCAAAUCUCAUACCCAGACAGCGGCUUCCCACUUUGCCUCAAAGCUCGUCUUGAUGCAGAAUAACUUGUCUCACGCCCUUACCCACCCAAAUAUCUCGGCAUGGCCCGGGGCCUCCGAGUUGAUCCUUUUCCGGCUGAUCGGUCUCCUGUGGUCUACUUCGGACUUUAGUCACCCAGUAGCUGCUCCUGCACUACUCUUAAUGAAUCAAUACCUCAGUCAGCUGCGAGUCAAAGAAUACACCGAUUUGAUGAGUGGAUUGUUCUUAUGCACCUUAAUCCUGCAGUACGAAACCUAUUCCAAAAGAUUUGUUCCUGAGGUGAUCAAUUUCCUUGUCCUGGCCGUCUUGCGCAUGACACAGACAAGUCAAACAAUUUCAGAGAUCAAAUGCUUAAUCCCACUGCUCGAAGGGUCCCAACUAGUAUUCUUCCCAAUUCAUCAAAAGAAGAUUGGAGAGAUGCAACCGCGACCGCUUGACUUUACUGCGCUCUUUGCAAGAACCCACGCAGAGCAAGAAACGCGCGAAGUUUCUGAUCAAGAUUUAGUUGACGCAUUUGACGUCGUCAUCUCACUGCUGAGCAAUUUCUCAGAUCUGUAUGGAUCGCUGAACUUAUACCCGGAAGUCUUCUCGUCAGUCUUAGUGGUACUCGAAUCAAUCGAUACAAGAAACAUUACAGAAGAGACAAACACGCGAAUCUCAGAGUCAAUCGAGUCGAUCAAGGCUAAGAUAGAGGCUCUGAACCGAAUCCGAUCGUUGAAUCCGAUCAAACUCCAAUCCCAUAGGCCGAUCCCCAUCAAGUCUCAGACCCCUCAAUUCGACUCUCAGUUCAAUCCAAAUCAGAAGAGGUUCAAUCCUGAUACAAAUCAAGUCGAGAUCAAUAAACUUAAGAAUUUGGUCAAGAGGGAGAAGAAGGGCGCGAUGCGUGAGCUGCGUAAGGAUAGUAGGUUCUUGGCUAGCGCUCAAGCGCGUGAAAAAGAUCUCGCCGAUGCCGAAUAUAAAUCUAAGAUUGCUCGGAUUACUGCUAGCUUACAAGAAGAAAGAUCAGAGGAAAAGAAACAAGACCGACUGAAGAUUCGACUCAAGAAAGCUGAUAAGGCUAAACGAGCCAAAUGA